CCCCACCACUCCCCUCACCACUCCCCCACCACUCCCCUCACCACCCGGGUGUCACACGCGGACACACAAAGACGACACCAGCCUGACAACACCUGUGCUCGCGUGAGACUCCCGUCGCCAAAUCGUCAUCACAAUCACCGUGACAUCUGAUGCGAGACGCGCCGUCAUCAUAACGAGUGAGAGAUCAUCGCUCACGAUAGCAUAACGCGUAUUGUUGUUGUUGUCGUCAUUGUAAUUGCUAAUUGAAGCCUCGGCUCGUGAGGCUGCGCCACGCUGAGUCGCCCUUCCACGGCUCCGCUCCUCCUCCAUCUGGGGCCAAUUAGUCCGGCUCCGGGAUCGCACCCAAUCCCCGCCACGUGGAGGUCACGACCGCCGGACCGAGGGGAGGAGGAAGAGAGAGCGAGAGAGCGCGGGGAGAGUGGGCGAGAGGGGGAGAGACGCACAGUGAGUGUGGGAGAGAGAGGGAGAGAGCGCGAGAGAAGCGGACGGGAGUGAAGUCACGACGCGUGCUGCAGGAGGAGAAUCCAGGACAACGCCAAUGACGAGGAUGAUGACGGUGGCGGCUACGACGAUGAUGACGGCGAUGAUGAUGACGAUGACGACGUCCAAGCGGCCGCGUCGCCGCGUGGGCUCCGGGAGGAUGCUGCCGCUGCUGGUGAUGGGGGCGGUGAUGGCAUCGCUGCUUGUGAUGGCCAUGGGACCUCAGGCCGCGGGGGCUCACGGCGGCGAUGUCGCGGGUGACGGCGGUGAUGGCCACGAGGAGUUUGCCGCUCACGAUGGAGAAGCGCCGGCGAUGGACGACCACGAGGUCCAUUAUGACGACCGCGACUUGGAUGGUGGCGAUGUUGCUGCUGGUGGUGAUGUCGACUUCGAUGGUGAUGUUGAUGAUGGUGGCGAUGCUGAAGGUGACAUCGGCGGUGUUGAUGGCGGUGGUGAUGUUGAUGCCUAUGGCGGUGAAGUUGAUGCCUAUGGCGAUGAUGUUGAUGCCUAUGGCGGUGAUGUUGAUACCUAUGGCGGUGAUGUUGAUGAUGAUGGUGAUGACAACGACAUCACCGAUGGUGUUGAUGAUGAAGCAGAACAGGAAACAACGGAGGGAGUUGUGGAUGAUGGGGUUGAUGAUGGUGGUGAUGGUGGUGCAGACGUCGCAGAUGAAGGCACUGAUGAUGCUGAUUUCGGAGAUGUUGUUGAGGAACAUCAGAGCGCACAGGCAGAUGCCGCGACGAACGAUGAAGAUGAUGAAGAUGAUGUAGCUGAAGAUGAUGAUCAUGCAGCUGAUGAAGCUAACGAUGGCAGCGAUGUUAAGCAGAACGAUCACGGUAAUGACGUAGACGAAGAUAGUGAUCAGGCAGGGGACGAGGAAGAAGAUGUGGCAGUAGGAGCCGACGACGAUGACGAUGAUGAUGAUGAGGAGGUGACGAGUGAAGAUGUUCAGGACCAGGAGCAAGAGAAUGAGGAGGAGGAGCAGUGGUCGGAACAAGGGGAAGAUGUGGGAGAGGAGGAAGGGGAGGAGGAGGGAGACACAACGCAGGGCACAGAGAACGGUGGUGACGGCGAGGAGGACGAGGAGGUGGACGUGGAGGAUGAGGAGGUUGUGGAGGAGGUGGUGGAACAGGUGGUGGUGGACACGACUCAAGAGGAGCCGCAGGAUCGCUCCGGGAAGGACGAGGCAGCCUACCAGGACGGGUCCCUGUGUGCCCUCUGCUCUCUGUGUCACGGCUGUGACACCACGUGCAGACAGUGUCCGUGUGAGGAAGGCGAUGAGAGUUCGCACUGCGCCAACUGCAAGUAUUGCCACGCGUGUCACCUCUGUCCGGUUCUCUGCGACACCUUGUGUCAGCCAGGAGGAUACGUGGAUGGAUUCAGUGGUUCCAUUUACCAGACUGUCUCAGGUCUGUGGUCGGGAUCGCAGCCGGCGUGAGGAGCAAGCGGUGAUGUCGCAUCCCCGAAACAUCAUCGACAACAACAACAGUCGUUACCACAACAAUACAAUAUGCACAACAGCAACAAUAAUGAUAACGUAAUGUAACAACAGUAACAGCAACAGCAAAAAACGACAGCGAACACAAUGAGUUGUACGAGUGAAAGUAAAGCAAUAAUAAUCAUUAAUACAGCCCCACACAAUCAGGGCGGCUGACGUAACCCUGCACCCCCCCCCCCUGCCUCCCCCCCACUGCAUAUCUGCAUCCUCUGCUCCACGAGCAGAGGACACGUGGCCUACAUAUCCACAGCGACUCUCUGUCGUCGUCCUCGUGUCUCACCCUGCAUCCGUAACUCACCUUGCAUCCGUGACUCACCUUGCAUCCGUGACCAUGGAUCCGUGACUCACCACGGAUCCGUGACUGACCACUGAAUCGGUGCCUGCUCUGCAUCUCAUUAUCUCACCGCCCCCCCCCACCCCGUAAUUAAUCCGAGGUUUCCAGACUUUAGUCCUUGCGACCCGCCACGUGUGGCCCUGCCCAUGUUUACCAAUCUCCGUCAUUGUAUUCGUGAGACAGGGACCGUGCGUAACAGGGCGUGUUCGGACAAGGCGAGUGUGGAGAGUCGGGAUUGCACUCCAAUCAUUCUCUUGCGGCAAACUGCAGCAGCGAGUCGGCACCGAAGCCUUUGCAAAUUAAGUCGUCGCACGCGCUGUGCGCGCCGGAUGAUUGGUAAACACGUCCAACGUAAUGCAGUAGCCGGGUGACGAUUUAAAUUAAUUGAUAGUAAUUAUAUUAUUAAAAAAGUUAUAUUGAUUAGAUUCAGCGCUUGGUACCGCCGUGACGGGACGCGUUUAACCAAUCAUCUGGCAUGUGUAGCGUGUAACGGUGUAGUUUGCACCUGCACUGUGAGGCGCGGCGACCUGGGUUCGCACAAUCCCCAACAUUAAAGGAAUCCACACACAACAAAAAGCACGGCUCUUCUCUUGUAGCUGCCGUCACGCUGCAGUGGCAUCAGUGGCACGACCAUUUCACCUGUAAGUCAAUGGGGAAGUAGAAACGUGAAGCUACCAAAUCUCCUGGCCCGGGGUCGGGACUGUCCCAGUGGUGCCACCGACUCUGCCCCCCCCCCCCGUGUCUCCUCCACCCCGAAGCGUCAUUUGGCCUCGUGAACUACACGUUCUGGCCUCGUGCUCGACUUAUCCAGCAGUGGAUUGAUCAUGGUGAGGAUGAGGCGGGAAAAGGGCGUUGCUACCCAGUCGGGCGGUGGUGGUGGUGGUGGUGGCUACCCUGCACAUAGCUGCCUAUGAUCCAGCACUGUGAAGGCAGCAGCAGCGAGGGUCGGUGGAUCACACAAAGAUGUCGUGAAACUCCCUUCCCGCGGGCAACGAGGAGGAGCCCGUGCCCUGGCUCGCCAGGAAAAGGCACUACAGGAAAAAAAAUCGAUUCUAUCUGUACGGGAUAGAGUGUUGCCCCCUCUCACGGCUGCUCCCGUUUCAUUCCACUUGUAAACACUUUUGUCGAUGUCACUUUCAUAUAUAGAGGACCGCAGAGCUUGUGGAAAUCUUGGCAACGCUGGGUCACCGCGUCCCUCUGGUUCCUUCUCACGCUUUUCUCUAUGAGAGUUGAAAUCAGUAAUAAUUAAUAUAUUAUAAUUAUUAUUAUUAGUCGAGCAGGGUGCGGGGCCAACGUCAGAAAUAGGGAGGGAACCAAUCACUCGCCGUGUGGGCGGUCCUAGUGCUGGAGUGAGCGUGGCUAUGUAAAAGUGGGCAGAUAGAGAGAGGAGCUGCCACCUCAACCACGUGUCCCGGCUGAGCCUCACCGAGGAUUGGUAGCUUCAAGAGCUCGUCGACAGGACACGUGGCAGGGUUUUCACUCCCAUGAUUCGUGAUUGAUGUGUUGUUGAUAAGCCAACGCGACGAUCCUGUCACUUUAACUGAGCCGUGAGCGAGUCAAAAGAACAAUCCUUCACGUGUUUGGCGAUGUCGAGGAUGGUGGAGUGUCUUA